AUGAGUGAGACAGCUCCUUCCAUCGAGUACGGCCCAGAGGUCGGCAGUCGACAGACCUCCCACCUCCAGCUCUUCCAAGAUGUCGUCAACGCCCAACCAAACGCAACCGCCCUCAUCGCCAAGCACCAGUCGCCCAGAGCCUUCCGCUGGGUGGGCAGCCAACACGUCGAUAAGGAUUACGUUCAAUGGACAUACGCAGAUCUGGAUCGCGGGGCUAGACGCCUCGCGACUGCCUUAAACAGACUGACGCAUAUCGAACGAAGGCCCAUCGCCGCUCUCAUCAACAAUCAGGUAGAAUGGGCUCUACUGUACUGGGCGUCCGCAUACCUGCAUUCGCCAUUCGUACCAAUCAAUCCAAAGAUCGCAACCAGGACCGAGGAAAUCAACCACAUGCUGGAUCUGGUCAGCCCGGUUGUGGUCAUUACUGCCGAUCUGACCAUUGCUGGCCAGCUGGAGCAAAGCCUUUCAGAGAAGCUGAUGUCGUCUAUAGCUGUCAGGAUGACCUUGUCGACAGCUGGCGCAGAGACCACGAAUCCUUGGAACCUUCUCUCGGGCGUCAUGUCAGGUGACCCAACGCCUCCUGAUACCCCAGACGUCGUGGCUGCCGACGACACAAUUGUCAUCCUCUUCACUAGCGGAACGACAUCGCUGCCCAAGCCAUGCGCUUUAACGAGCUUCCAAUGCCUGAACGCGGCAUUGGGUUACAUGGAUUCUCAAAAGAUCAAUUCCAGCCAUCGAUUUGUACAACAUCUUCCUGGGUUCCACUCGUACGGCAUAGGAUGGUCGCUCGGUCUGUGGCUCAAGGGCGGCUUGAUCAUCUACCCGUCAGAGUCCUUCGAGGCGCAAGCGACCCUGGAGUGCUUCGACCAGCUUAAAGCUACGCACAUGGGUCUCGUCCCCACAACUGCUCAAGCUAUCCUCGCACAUCCUUCUUUCGCCAAGACAGAUCUUAGCACUCUUGUCAGUGUUGACAUCUCUGGAGCAGGUGUUCUGCCCAGUCUCGUUGACUCCUGCACGGCAGCGUUGAAGGUUCCCUCCACAACCAGCUAUGGCAUGACCGAAAGUCCUGGCACCGCCACAUGGGGUGUCGAUGAAGGCUCUGUUCUUCGUGAAGGUGAGGUCAUGUCUGGUAGACCGGUGCGAAAUGCAGUCAUGAAGAUUUGUGAGCCUGGAACUCGAAACGUUGUACCUCGUGGCGACUUUGGUGAGCUUCACAAUGGUGGCCCGCAGGUCAUUCCGCACUAUAUGGACUCUCGAGUCUCUCAGAAGGACUUUUACCAAGACGACGAGGGCAUCAGGUGGAUCAUCACUGGAGACCAGGCAGUCAUGGAUGUGGACGGUGCUGUGCGGAUCACUGGAAGAUACAAAGAUAUGAUCAUCCGAGGUGGCGAGAACAUCUCCCCUGCCAGUAUUGAGGACUACCUGAGUAAGAAAGAAGAUGUCUUCACUGCAUAUGUUGUGGGUGCUCCAGACGACAUGGCCGGCGAAGUGCCAAUCGCUGUUAUCACCACUGUGGACGACCGAGAAGCCAACCUGUCGGAGCUGAAGCAAGACGUUACCCGAGACCUUGGUGCGGCUUUUGCGCCAAAGAUGAUCCUCCACCUGAAGAAAGACCUUGGAUUGGACGCCUACCCCAGUACAGCGUCUGGCAAGAUUCGCAAGGUCGAAUUGGCCAAGGUUGUUCGCGAGUACUUAAAGGCGCAACAAGAAGCAGGCCUCGACAAGUCUGGCUCGACCAUUGACUCUCUCAUUGGUAUCUGGAAGAUGAUUAGUGGCACCGAUGGCCUGCUCCCAUCUACCCUCAUUGAGUCCUUUGCUGACUCACUGAUGAUGAUGCAGCUGUCAGGCAUGGUGAAGAAAGAGCUUGACAGAGACAUCACUGUCGAGGACUUCAAACUGUGCGAGACGAUUCAAAGCCAGGCCGACUUGAUUGAGUCGAGACCUUUAAAGAGUGCUGUUGUUGCGAAGCCUAUGCGCGAAGGACCUCCGACGAUUCAUGACAUGCCUCAUGCGCACGACCAGCCGGAGGUCUUCGAGCGGACACAAACGGCCGUCACAGGCCUGAUUGCUCCCCUCGGAAUGAAGUGGGAGGAUGUUGAGGAUGUCAUUCCACUUCCGGACUGGGACACAAUCUUCUGCUACCGCUCUCGCCCGUCUUCCUGGAACUUGCGCUUCAGCUAUAACGCACCUGUUGACGCAAGUGCGCUAGAAGGAGCCGUCAAAGCGUCGCUGGAGUAUCACCCGACCAUGAGAUCUAUGGCACUCGAGCAAGAUGGAGAGACCCUGCUUGUCACUGUUCGAUCUUCGGAAGAAUGGUUCAAGGCUUCGAUCACCACCGGUUGGGCAGUUCAGACUAAAGAAGAUGUCAACACUUUACUUCUGGACGACCCCGUAUAUGACAACGCGAGCGCGCCAGGACCUCUCGUUCGAUUCCAUAUUGCCAGAGUGCUGAGUGACGGUACUUCUGGCCUUGUGCUCAUUGCAUCGCACUCAGUCAAUGAUAUGAGCAUGACAAAAAUCUGGCUCGAGGACAUUGUCAAUCUCUUGACUGGGGAAGGGACUGUCGGUCACCACGCGCAAUUCAAAGACUAUGCAACCGCUUUCUUCGACCACCGAGACGGUCUCGAAGCAGACAACGGAAUCUCCUACUGGGCACAAAAGCACCAAGGCAUCAGCCUCCUCCCAGAAUCAACAUACUGGCCAGCACAAAGGGCCGCCGAAUGGUUCAAAGGUGUCGACGCAGGCUGGUCCCGCUGGAAUGGCGGUAAAGCACGACGAGGCGAGCGCUCUGUGGCUCAGUCCGAGAAGAUCAAAGCACAGAAAGGAAUCCGAAGGAUGGUUAAAGUCGACGACAUCCUAAAACUAAAGGCCGAGCACAACGUCCCCGUCUUCAUGCUCGUCAAAGCCGCCAUCGCCAUUAUGAACAUCUCUAAGACCGGCGCUAAGGAAGCCAUCUUCGGGACGAUCAAUGCCGCGCGAACAUGGCCCUUCAGCUCAGAUUACAGCGCUCUCGAGCGCGAAGCAUACACUGGCAACCCCCUCGACAUUUCCGGUUGCACGACCGAGUACGUCCUCGACAGAAUCCCUGUCGGUACAUCCAAGUCUCUUUUGGCGUUCAUGCAGCAAGUCACCAAGGACGAAGAGCAAAACUCUGCCUUUGCCCACACGCCUUUCUUCCGCAUCGUUGACCGUCUGCGAGAUCCCAUCUCCGCCGACGAUACCAGGACAUUCGCCGAACGGGAGCGAGACGCAGACUCCAUCCUCCCCUUGAUCCGUCGACAGAGCUUCAACUGGCUGCCCACAGCCCCGACCGCACAGAAUCCGAAGGGUCUGCGAUUCCAGGAGAUGUUGACAAGAAUGGAUAACGGUUUGACCAUCACAGGUUUCCUAGCAGAUGACAAACGCAGCGUCGCUUUGAGUUUCAGCUGGGAUGCCGAACAUCUCUCCUUCGCAGAGGCGGAGCGCGCAUUGGAUGAAGUCGUUGCCUUUGUGGACAAGAUGGGCAAGGAGGAGAACUGGGGAGCGAGUGUCGCGGAUUUGUUGAGGAUGUAA